ACUCUGACACUCUACGAGGAACGAUGAUCCUUCAGGUAUUUACUCUGUCAAUCAUUUGGACUUCGAGCAUAUCGUCAGUAUCGGGAAAUGAAUAUGAAUACAGUAAUGAAGUGGAUACCGACGCCCUCGGCCCUUACGAAAAUAUGGUCGCUGCCACGAAUGCCAUCCUUCCGGAGCUAGCCGACGUCUUCGACAAGAUUAGUUAUGACAAGAGGCUCAACAUCGACCCCUUCAGCCCGGAGGGCAUCCGUGACGCAAUCAUGGCGUUCUUGCCCAUCUCUCGGAGUGUUCUAUUGGCAGCUGCUCAAGCAGAGGGAAGAAGGGUCACCCAAGAUGACCUUGACCGGCUGGCAACGGUGGAAAAUGAAUUGCCGUUGGCUUUUGACUACAUCAGUUCACUGAAGAGUCUUCGACAUUAUUCGCCCGGGUCCGGCCCAGCAUUAUACCACACGAAAGAUGACGUUGGCACUGUCCCAAGCGCUGCCAAAACUGUCAACGUCAGUCCCGAGAAAUUGCAGACUUCCCAUCGAGUUGCUCCUCUCGCCUCUGCUGAUGCCACUGCCCCCAAGGGCUACGAACCCACCCACGAAUUUCAUCGUAUUCCGAGUGACAGGAAAGUCGCAUCACCCCAAACUCAGCGACCUUCUUCGUCUUCCACGAGACCCAGUGGAAGGAAUACCGCGAGCAACUUGAAUCCAGCUCCCUCAAAUGGAAACGUCUUCUUCGGCAAGAGCGCUGUCGAAUUGCUACCGACCUUCAACGCCAGAGUUCUCCGUGGUGCCACCGAGCCGGAGAGCCAGGAACCUCUCAAACCGCCAGGCAGCAGUACUUUCAUCAAGAUGCCAUUCAGCCAGGCCGUUUUCAUCCGUCACUCUUAGGGAAAGAUAGUGGAAGCUAAUAUUUAGCAGUGUUAACAAAACCGGGAUUUUCGCUCCCAGGUUCUGUUUAAAUAACUUUUGUAAAUAUGUUGUCCGUUGACUGUUUUGAGAGAUUUAACUACACAAAACUUCUCUUACUUGCCUAUUACAAAACUUCUUUUACUUGCAUUCCUCAUUGUUGCUCAAAUUCAAUUAUUCACAAAACAAUGCACAGUAAAAGAAACAAUAAAUAUAAACAAUUCUCAAAA